AAUCAAAACCCGCGAAACCAUAAGAUGAAGUGUGUUAAGUACGCUUUACAUUCAAAACCAAAAUCAAAACUCCCACACAAAUCAAAAGUCAAUCGUCGCUGCCAAAUUUAAAUUAACCUCAAAUUAGCACAGAUUCUUGAAGCUUUUAUUAAUGCCGGAAAUCACUGAAGAACUGGAACCCUUGUUCGAUUACAGGCGCGUACAGCCUCGCGAUAUUGUAAUCCUAGACGAUGAUGGUCCUGAUAAGUCGCCAGUUAGUUACCCGAAACGGAGGAAAACUGUCAAGAAUUUGAAAUCUGUUGGGAAAGUGGAUGAUGAAGAUGAUGAUGAAUUGCAAAUAAUUGAAGGUAAAAAGGUUGAAGAAGAUGAUUGGCUACCUCCUCCGCCCAUUUCGCAUGAUUUUGAAAAUCGGCUUGGUGAGGACUCGACUAUAAAGGAGUUGAGGUUAAAGAAGCAAGAACUGGAAACACUUGCAAAAUCAGGUGUAGAUGUGCUGCGAGCUGUGGAAGAAUCUGUUAUAAGAGAAUACAGCAGUUCACUUUUAGUAAACGAUGCUUCAGAGACUGUCGCUGAGAAAUCAGCAAAACCUCAAUGUGAAAGAGCUAAAAUAAUAAUUUCUAUUCAAGACAAGGAAGGAACUAAACAGUUUCGUGUGUACAAGGAUGAUAAAUUUGAGCGGCUUUUCAAACUGUAUGCAGAUAAAGUUAAACUUAAUAUUCAAAAAUUAGUAUUUUCCUUCGAUGGGGACAAAGUCAAUCCAAUAGCAACUCCUGAUAGCCUUGACAUGGAGGAUAAUGACAUCAUUGAAGUGGAUGUAAAGAAGAGCUGAUUCAGCUGAACAUGUUGUGUCCUUAUUGGAAAUUCGGUGCAUCAUCUUGGUGCUGCUGAAAAUUCUUACGGCUUUUUUCGGAUCACUUAUUUUGUUCUAUAUUAGCUAUUUUAGCGCUCUACAUAUUAAUUCGACCUAACAGUCUCAGAUUUUGGCCAUUAAAUGUACAGGACAUUGCAAUUUUCGUUUCUUUAAUGUUGUUUGAAGAAUUCUAGUCUGUAAAAUAGCCUUAAAAAUACUCAUUUUAGGAAAGUGUCACAUGUAGAUGUGCUUUUCGUGUACUUGAAUUGGAAAAGGACUUUUACCUAAUCAUGUUGGUUGGCAUUAUGAGCUUUUCCAUUAAUUGUUAAUGUAAGUGGAAUUGUUUGUUGUUGCAUAA